GCCAAUAUCAAGGUCUUCGAAAUAGAAUAGUUUAGAGAAGCGGUGAAAAGUCCGUGAAAAGCCUUUUUCAUGGCUUGUAGCAUUGAAGAAACGCAGACUUGGGAUUCAGUACAGACGCAGACGGAUCAGAUCAAUGAUGAUGAAAUCCGUCGUGUAGUCGAUAAUAUACGGCAGGAUUUAAACCAGCUUGGGCCGAACAAUGCGUACCUUUGCAAUGGCCUCAAGUCACGGAGCAGCAAGCUUUCUAUGAUGGGCGACUACCACACCAGUAUGUCAGCAACCAUGUCCGAAUUCUCAGGCACAAUGUCAAAGCUUUGGGAAAAAAUACAGGAGUACAGGUCAGAGGGUUACCAACUGGACCAUGAAAUCCACGGGCUGCAGGAAGAAAAAGAUAUUCUUGAUGAGGAAGAGUCUUCUCUUGUCAAUCAAUCGGCAGCCAAAAUCGGGACAGAGGAGGACAGCUUAAAGGAAACAGACCUCACCGAGGAGGAGAAGACUGAACUCCAACUUAAUGAUUAUGUCCGUUGUGAUUUGUACCGCAAACUUCGAUGUCUUCAAGAUUUAAAAGACACAAGUCAGAAAUUGAAAACCACUUACCAACAGGAAUGGAGUGAAAUAAAAGAGGACAUUAAAAAGAAUCGCAAAGAAGUCCGACAUUAUGAAAGAGAACUACAGAACUUGCAAAACAAGGCACUGUUAAAAAUGCGUAGCAUGUGCCUAAAUCCAGAUAACAAACAAGAUAAAGAUAUUCUAGAACUGAUCACAUACUUGGAGAUGAAGCGGGAAAUGCGGGAACUGAACCAAAAUACACUUGAUUUGCAAGUUAUGUCCCGAGAUUUCGAAUACAGUGUUACACAGCUCCUCGAUACAAGGAAGGAGCUGAUAGAAGAGAAUUAUGCUUUGGAUCCAGAGGAUCAAGACGAGCCUGGGGUAAAACUUCAUCGCACUAGUCGUCACACGAAUCUUCGGGUUAACUAUGAUCAACUCGAUGACUCAGAUGACGAGGAAUCGGUAAAUGCAGGGGAAGUCUACAGUCAUAUUGGUGGCACACACCUUCACAGAUGUUCGAAGCAUUCUUGCAUUGCCAUUCCUAUUGAAAUGUGGAAUGCAGAAGAACUAGACGAAUUGAGGCGAUUAACUCCUAUUGUGGAUUCCGAGGAAACGAGUGAUGAGUCAGAUGUGAGUGAUGACGUCAGCAUCAGUGACGUCAAAAUCGAGUUUCUUGAUGAUCAGCAACAGGAGCUUGACAGUAAGCAGGGCACCAUUUCUACAUGUAUCACAGGAACAGAUAUUACAGAGAAACCAACCAUUGAGAGUAAGGAGGGAGCAAUUUCUAAAAAUAUCGCAGGAAAACCAGCCAUUUACAGUGAUUUACCUGAUAAACAGAUGGACGAAAUAGCAUCAGGGGGCUCUGGUGGUUUACUGACAAAACUUCGUGCUCGAAUGGGUAUUCAAGCCCACUCUGGGACAUCUCUGAGGCCAAUGGAGAAAUCAGAAGCAGGACCAAGACGAUUCAGUCUCAAAGAUUCCGCCAAAGCAUUCAUUACUAACCGACAAAAAAGAAAGUAGUCCAUGUUUAUAAGGAAUCCGUUUUUUAUAUAUCAAAAUUCAAUAUACCUGUGUCCGGCAAUAAGAUAAGAAAUGUCAAUACUAGUGAAAUGUAAGAUAAAACAUAAAAUUUUUGCAAAUUUGUGACUUUACAAUAACGUCCCAUUAUAUAUUUGGUAAAUAGUCCAUACCACUAUUGUUAGAAAGCCUAAUUAAGCAACGUGAAUGACGCACAUCAUUGAAAUGGGAUUUGAAAUUAAUUACAUGUAGUUCAAUGUUGGUUUUUUAAAAAAACUGAAGAAAAAAAUGUUUUGCUCUCUCUAGUACGCCGUUUGUAAAGAGUUUAUAUGAAGGGACAACGGAAAAAUUUAUCGAGAUGUCCUCUAAGUUUGAUCUUCUUGUGUUCCGGCUGCUGCAAAUGUUACUUUGGAUACUUAUCAUGGUCCGAAGUAUGUUUUAAUUUUCACCAAUGUAGUACUAUCCACAUCAUCCGUUAUGUAGUAAAUCAUUUUUUUUUUUAGAAGCACAGGGCAUACCGGCGUUUUGAAGAUACUUCCUUCUUUUGUAGUAUGAGGGUUAAUUAACUGUACGGUCGACUUUUUGAGCUUUUUCAAUUCCAUCUUGUAUAGUUUUAUUGAAGUAUCCCUGGUGGAGAAGAUAGUUUUGUACUUCUCUCGGACGUUCAUAUCGUUGGGAUUCAUCACUACUAUGGUGCAGAUUCUCUGUGUUAGAUUAUAGGGAAUAGACCGUUUGUUGUGCCUGGGGGGAUAUGGUCCGAUAUGAAGGUAUUGGUGGGUGUCUGUUGGUUUGUAUAGUAAAUAUCGGUAGACAGAUUCUCUCCAUAGUGCUUAAUAAAAAAUAUCUAGAAAUGAAAUACUUUGUAGACUUUCAUCCAUUGUAAAUCUAGUUCUUUUAAAAUAAUGUAGAAUGUUUCUAAAGUCAUGUAGUUUUCUUCCAAAUGAUGGAACAGUCAUAUGGGUAUCUUUUCCUGUGUGGCGUAGGCCGGUGCCAUUUUGGAUCCCAUGGCAGUCCCCUUUAUAUGUUCGUAAUGUUUACCAUCGAAAUUGAAAGUAUUGAUUAUUAAUACUAUUUCUAUCGCUUCCGAAAUGAUAUAUUUUGUGAAGCGGUCGUUCAUUUUUUUUUUCUGAAUGUUUGCCAGUAAUCCAGAGUCUUGAGACCUGAUGUACUUGUGAUAUUUUUAUCUACAUGUAUAUUGGUUACAUCUGUUGUAAAUAAUUUGUCAAUGGGUUUUAUUUUGUCAGGCAGAUAUCUCAAAAAGUCCAAGUUGUCUCUUGUCUACCCUUUAACUUCUGUGCAUAAAGGCUUUAGGGGGGGGGGGGGUGUCCAUAAAAUUGCUUAGGCGUUCUUUCGAAGAUUGGGGGUUCUCUUACGAUUUUUCUUAAACUAAGAGCCUCUGAGUUGAGGCAAGUGACGAAAUAUGACUAUUGUUGCUUAUGUAAUAGUUUUCGAUAGAUGUGUUUAGGGAAGCCAUAGAAACACGUUCUCUGAAAUCAAAGUCUGGGCAGUACCGGAAGCAUACUUCAGAAUUUGCGAUGUUAAAAGUCAGUCUUUUAAAAGAAUGCAAAACGUCUAAUGAUAAAUUUGAUUUGCGCUUACGUUUCACUAGUGUUGUCGUUUCUUGACCUUAGCUAUUUCAAACACAGCUUUUUAUCAUGUAACCUGCAUUUUGUAGAUGAUAUUAAAAUACUUGCAAC